AUGCACAAAAUAGGUGUAGUUAUUAUCACUUCAAGAGGAGGUGCAGGCAACGGAUCUGGAGAAGCAUAUGUAUGGUUGGGAUGUGAAAGAUCUUUACCUUAUCGUAGGAAUAAUCCUAGUGUACAAGUUAAUACCAAGCGUAACACCGGAUCCAAGAGAUGUGAGUGUCCAUUUCGUCUUAAUGGAAAGGAAAUGGUUGGGGUAACUUGGAGAUUGUUUGUAGUCGAUGGAAAUCACAAUCAUGAUUUUCCUGCAUAUAAUGUGGGUCGUUCAAUAAUGAGUAGGUUGACCAAGGAUGAGGAGAAUAAAACAAGGGAAAUGACUCGAGCUCAUGUGACACCUUCACAGAUUUUGGUGUCUAUAAAGAAUGAAAAUAAGGAAAACUUAACCACAGUGAAACAAAUAUACAACUUUCGGCACAAAAUAAGGAACGAAGAAAUGGAUGGUCGAUCAGUUAUGCAACAAACUCUAAAAUAUUUAAAGGAUGAAUCCUACUUUUAUUGGUACCGAACUACACCAGAUGAGAAAAGGGACAGUUUUGAAUGGGCACUUCGGUGUGUGAGAUCUCUCUUUGACCCAGAUCAUAUGCCAGAAGUUAUUAUUACGGAUAGAGAGUAUGCUUUGAUACACGCGAUUGAUGAUGUAUUUCCCGAGAGUGAUCAUAUGUUGUGCAUACGACAUAUUGCUAAAAAUGUGGAAGCUAGGGCAAAAACUGACACUAGGAGUGUUCUAUUUGCGAAUGCGUUUCUUAGUUAUUGGAACAAAAUUGUUUAUGACGAGACAGAAGCUGAGUAUAUAGAAAGGGUAAUGCAAUUAAAAAAGGUUUUUGCUUCCCAUCCAAAGACACUGAACUAUGUUGAAGAUACAUGGUUGAUUCAUGCAAAGAAAUUUGUGCAAUCUUAUACCAAAAAGAUGUUUCACUUAGGAAAUCGUACUACAAAUAGGGUUGAAAGUGCUCAUAAUGCUUUAAAGAGGUUUUUGAAGACAUCUACAGGGAGUAUGAAUACAAUUUGGAAAAGGUUGCACUCCUUAUUAGAACUUCAGGAAAAUGAAAUUAAAGCCAGCUUUGUUAGGUCUAAGAACAUUGAUCUUCAUAUUACUGUUCUACAUCUUCUUAGUCAGUUAAAAGGUAAAGUUUCUCAUUUGGCAAUAAGAAAAAUUAAUGAAGAAUAUGGUCGACAUAAAGUAGGAAUUGACCCUGCAACUUGUGGAUGUUAUUUGCGAACUUCCCAUGGUCUCCCAUGCGCACAUGAGAUGAGGUUACUUGAUGGAGAAGGAAAGCCUAUUGAUUUAAAUGAUGUUCAUAUAUUCUGGAGGACACUUCAUAUGGAAGGUUUUAAAACUUCUAAUGUACCCAAUGGGCCUUGUAGUCAAUAUCAAGAUGAUGAUGAGAUAUUAAAAUCGUAUUUUGAAAAUAUGAAGAAUCAAACCUCGGAAGCCAAGAAACAAUAUAUAUUUCAAUUGCAGAAGAUAAUACAUCCUGAAUCAGUUCCAUUGGAAGAGCCUGUAUGUGAGCGGAAACCUAAGGAUCGUCCACCAACUAGAAGUUCCACAAAAAGAGACAUGUCAUACUGGGAGCAUGUUCAAAAAAAGAUUCCUAAUCGUGGUACUCAACAACCUUCAUCGAAUAAUAAAAGAAAAUCUAAUUCCAGUAAAAAUUCUUCGAGGGAGGAUCCUAUAUCUCUUGAGAUUCCAGUUCAUGUGGUUCCAUUUAUUUAUGAAUAUAAAAAUGUUGGUGCAGAUGGUAAUUGUGGUUAUAGAGCGGUGGCACAUCAAAUUUACGGGUCAGAAGACCAAUGGAGAAGAGUGCGUAUGGAUUUAUAUUUGUUCAUAGAGAGUCGUUUAAAUUUUUGGAUGGUUAUAUGGAAUCAAAGUCAAGAAGGGGCAUUAAAUAUACUACGCAGGAUUAACUAUUACGAGAGUCCUUGUCCGCAAGAUUAUUAG